ACUAGAUGAUGAUCAAAAGUAUGAUUUGGUUCGAGAAUAUUUAGGUGAUAAUGUCAAAGAGUGGUAUCUGCUAAAUGCAAAUUGUGUUCAUAAUUGGCAUUCAUUUAAAGAUAAGAUGAAAUUGUAUUAUAAAUACGGUAAUCAGAAUCAACAAUAUUUAGAUCCGGAAGUCCUCAAACAAAAAGCAUUUGGUCAUCCAACGACAACAAUGAUACAACAAGAUAAGCAUGACAUAACACAUCAACCACAAAUUCAUACAACAUUUCCAAUAUCGAAGAACGAUAAGAGCACACUCACAACAAACAAGAUUCUUCCAGUUGAUAAGAACUAUGGACAUAAGACAUCACCAACAACAGCACAACACUGGAUAAGCUUCAGUGGUGAACCACAUGAAUAUGGAGAUAUAGCAGCACAAUGGCUUUGGCAGAUGAUGAAAAAAUGUGACGAUGCCAACAUUGAUCGAUUAUCAUUUAUAGUGGAACAUUUAUCCGGUGCAGCAUUCAGAUGGUAUAUAAGAAAUGAAGGUC